AUGACUGUAGUCUUUGAACAUGUUGGUGGUUUCAAUCAUGGAAACAACAUCUAUCUAACAAAAGAGAAGGUUUCAUCUCAACAAUGGAUGAUGAUUUCUUCUCGAUUACUACAAUCUUUAUCUUCAUCGUCGACGAGUAGAAGGAUCUUGUCAUCCUCUAUUUACAGCAACAGAUCAUCAUAUACAACAACAAUAAUAACACAAUGUCAAAACAACAAGAAUUACAGUACUGGUAGCAAUCAUGAUGACUCCUACUCCUCAUCAUCUCAAUCAUUAAAGUUUAAAGAUACAAUAUUUGCAUUGAGUUCUGGAUCGAAUAAAGCUGGUGUCGCAGUGAUUAGAGUAUCUGGUAGAUCAUCAAAUGAUGUAUUACAAAGAUUGACUAUGUUUUCUAGUAUUAGUGGAGACGGAGGAACUAAAACAAUCGUACCUCGAAUGGCAACCUUGUCAUCUAUACAUCAUCCUCAAACAAAAGAACAAAUAGACAAGGCAAUGUUGCUAUGGUUCCCUCAACCAAAUAGUUUUACUGGAGAGGAUGUAUUGGAGCUACACGUUCACGGUGGCAGAGCUGUUGUACACGACACACUAGACGCUAUUGCAUGUGUACCAGGAACACGGUCGGCUGUUGCGGGUGAAUUUACAAGACGUGCAUUUGAUAAUAACAAAAUGGAUUUGUCUGAGGUCGAAGGCCUGUCAGAUCUCUUGGACGCACAAACCAACCAUCAACGUCGUGUAGCACUCUUGCAAAUGCAAGGAUCGUUGGCUAAGUUUACAUCACACCUACGAAACAGACUCAUCAGAGCGUCGGCAUACACAGAAGCAUUUAUAGACUUUGGAGACGAUGCAGAGAUUGAUCCGGCGGUCGUUGAAACAUCGAAACGUGCAAUAAGAGAGAUCAAAGAGACGAUAGAAGGACAUUUGGCCAACGGAAGAAUUGGUGAGCGUCUCAGAGAGGGUGCGUCUAUUGCUAUUGUAGGUCCACCCAAUGCUGGAAAGAGCUCACUUAUCAAUAUACUUGCUCAGAGAAGAGCAUCGAUUGUUUCGUCGAUACCGGGGACAACUCGUGAUGUUGUCGAGGUGGUAUUGGAUAUCGGAGGAUACCCCGUGGUGAUUGGUGAUACUGCAGGUAUUAGAGUUGGACAAGAUGAAAUUGAACAAGAAGGAAUAGUAAUGGCAAAGGAAAGAUUUAAAGAUUCAGAUAUAAGUAUCUGUGUAUUUGAUUCUUCUUCCUUUUUUACAAGUGGUCAAGUUGGAACAAUAAUAAUCGAUCCAACAUUAUUGGAAUUAAUCAAUUCCAAUACUAUUAUUGUAUUUAACAAAACAGAUCUUUUACUCAAUAACAACAACGACAACAAACAAUCUUGGAAGGAUAUUAAAACAAAUUUAUUAAAUCAAAUACAACAACAACAACAAUCAAACUCUACAACAACCAUUAAUCAUUGUGAAAUAUCAUGUUCAAGUAAUCAAGGUAUAAAAGAUUUACUUUUAGUUUUAGAAAAUAAUUUAAAGAAUUUAUUUGAAACAAGUAAUUCAGAUGAACCAUUGUUAACAAGAUUAAGACAUAAAGAACAUUUAAGAAAUUGUGUAGAGUCGUUGGAUAGAUUUUUGGAUUAUUGUGAAUAUGAUGUUGUCAUUGCAGCCGAAGAAUUGAGAAGUGCCAUCAAAGAGAUUGGUGCUAUCAGUCAUCACGUAAAUGUUGAUGAUCUACUGGAUGUCAUUUUCAAAGAUUUUUGUAUUGAAGUAAUAUUAAACAUCUAUCAAUCAUCGAUUGUUAUUAUUAAUAAUAACAUUAAAAAUAUUAAUAAUCAACAUUUCUACUAUAAUAAUCGAGUAAAAAAUCUAAUCAAAAGAAAGAUUUUAAUGGAGAAUAUUGACUCUUAUGAACUUUAUCCAGUCGGGACUGGAUUGAUAUCGAGAAGUUAA